UAUGUUUUGAUCUAACCAAAAUCAUCAAUCUUUUUUAAAAAUGUUUUUAAACAAUCUCUUGUCAAUAAUCCUCUGUUUUGUGCUAGCCGUUAGCUUCGGCUUUGUGUCUGCGCAAAGAUGUGGGAACUCUCUGUUUUUCAGACCAAACAGUGCUUACGAUACAAACCGUCGUCUCGUUCUCUCAACUCUUGCAUCCCAAGUAAGUUCUAGAAACGGCUACUACAACGUCUCGGUUGGUGAAGCCCCUGGAAAGAUCUAUGCCUUAGGCCUCUGCAUCCCAGGGACUGAUCCAGAGGUCUGUUCCGAUUGUAUCCAAACCGCAUCCGAUGGUUUACUAGAAAGUUGUCCGAACCAGACCAACUCAUGGGACUGGAGAGCCGACAAGACUCUCUGUUUCGUUCGCUACUCCAACAUAUCGUUUUUCAACCGGAGCGAUCUAGAGCCGACACAAGCAGAAUACGAUACUGGAAUGUACACGGGUAACGUUACAACUUAUACUAGAGUAUGGAACUCGUUCAUGGAAUCUAUGAUCACCCGAGUCGGUCAGUCCCCAUCUCGAUACCUAGCUGAUGUAUCCCCUCGGAUAGGUGAGAGACUUGAUGAUAAUGUUUACGCGCUGAUGCAGUGUAUUCCGGGGAUAUCUUCUAAGGAAUGUGAAGCUUGUCUUCAAGAAAAUGUACGUGCCUACCAAAGAUGCUGCAAUGGGUACAUAGGUGGAAGUGUUGGAAAGCCGGUCUGCUUUUUCCAGUGGGAUGGUUAUGCAUACCUUGGUGCCUUUGAUGCUUUUAAUGACACGCAUUCCAAACCUGCUCCGCCACCUCCUACUCCUCCCCCUCCUGCUCCUCCUCCUCCAGAUGGAAAAAAGAUUGCUACAAGAGCUAUUGUGGCGAUUGUUAUUUCUGUGGUUACAUUUGUGGUGCUGCUUGCUUUUGGAUUAGUUAUUUGGAAGAGAUUGCAUAAGAAGUUAAAACUUCAAACUGAUGAUGACAUGACUAGUCCACAGUCCCUACAAUAUGAUUUUGCGACAAUUGAAGCGGCAACAGAUAAAUUUUCAACGAAUAACAAGCUUGGCCAAGGCGGAUUCGGUGAAGUUUAUAAGGGAAUGCUACCAAAUGAAACCGAGAUUGCGGUGAAGCGGCUAUCAAGAAAUUCAGGACAAGGCACACAAGAGUUCAAGAACGAGGUUGUGAUUGUGGCUAAGCUUCAACACAAGAAUCUUGUUAGGCUUCAUGGGUUUUGCUUAGAAAGAGAUGAACGAAUACUUGUCUACGAGUUUGUCCCAAACAAGAGCCUUGAUUAUUUCCUCUUUGAUCCAACAAAGAAGAGCCAGCUAGACUGGAGAAGACGGUACAACAUCAUCGGAGGGAUUACGAGAGGGCUUCUCUAUCUUCACCAAGACUCAAGGCUCACUAUCAUACACCGUGACAUCAAAGCGAGUAACAUUCUUCUCGAUUCUGAUAUGAAUCCUAAAAUAGCAGAUUUUGGAAUGGCAAGGAACUUUAGAGUGGAUCAAACUGAAGACACCACAGGAAGAGUUGUUGGAACCUUCGGUUACAUGCCUCCAGAGUAUGUGACGUGCGGCCAUUUCUCUACCAAAUCUGAUGUCUAUAGCUUUGGAGUAUUGAUUCUGGAGAUUGUUUGUGGCAAGAAGAACAGUAGCUUCUAUCAUAUUGAUGAUGAUUCUGGUGGAAAUAUGGUGACACAUGUUUGGAGGCUUUGGAACAAUGAAGCACAUUUAGAUCUCAUCGACCCUGCGAUUAGGGAAAAUUAUGAGAAGGAUGAAGUCAUUAGAUCCAUCCAUAUAGGACUAUUAUGUGUUCAAGAGACUCCUGCACACCGUCCAGAGAUGUCUACAAUAUUUCAAAUGCUUACCAAUAGCUCCACUGUCCUACCUAUGCCUCGAGCACCUGGAUGUUUCCUCAGGAACAGAUCCAAUUUAGACCCUUUAACCUAUGGAUCCGAGCCGGGCCAUUCUAGAUUCAACUCUGUUUCUUAUUCUAUAGUCACUCCUCGAUGAAAUUCUUGCUUAUUCUCUCCAUAUAUGACAAUUGUGUGUAUCAUUCCCAAAAAUUUGUGGGUAUCAUUUUCCUUACGGCACAGGC